CAUUCUGACAUAGAAACUCCGAGUAGUAACUAAAGGGUUAAAUAGUAUACGAUUUCAAAUCGCGAUUAUUUUUUCUUGCGAUAAUAAACAAUCCUUCACUUCACCCCCUAUCACCAUCAGAACCAUCAUAACCAUCGCCAACUGAUCUUAUUGCUUCUUGGAUUCUUCUGGUUCCACGAAAGGAAGACAAGAAAUCCGACUACUACUACGAUUUUUAUUAUUUUUCUUGGAAGAUCAUCGUAACCACGAGAGAAAAAGAAAACAUGAAAUUCUUACGUGGUGCAGUAAUUUUGACGUUGUUCUUCACCAUUUUAAUCGAUUGGACAACAGCGUUACCAACACCUGACAAAGAUAUGCUAAACGAAGUUGAUUUGGUGGAUGAAGAUGGUACCAUCGACGCUGCCCUAAUUAAUUAUCUUUUCACGAAACAAAUUGUACAACGACUUAGAAAUCAACUGGACAUUGGUGAUCUUCAACGUAAACGAAGUUAUUGGAAACAAUGCGCCUUCAAUGCGGUAUCCUGCUUUGGCAAAUAAACAAGCAAACGAAGGGACGAAAAAAAAAAGGAAAAAGGAAAAGAAAAAAAAAGUAAUAAAAAGGAUGAAAAA